AAAUUGGGAUCGAAUUUUUAAUUUAAGAAACAACUGAGGCGAUUAAGGAAAUAUACAAUAUUACGGGGACGGCUGCGAUAUUUACCACAAAAUGUUGGUAUCCCCUCAGGCCUCAGCCUCAGAAAAACAAAUCCAAACUUAAAAAAGAAAAGAAAGGGCGAGAAGCAGAAUAAGAAAUCAAGCAGCAAUGGCGACUCUACCACCUUCAACUCUCCAAACAAUAACAUUCCCAUCUUCACCACGACCGCACCAUCCACUCAAACUCGCCGCGCCUCCCCGCGCCGCCCCAGAAGAACCCUCCUCAUCCGAGCCCGCCUCCUCUGAGCAGGAGGACAGCUUCGAGAACCGCCUCUCGCAAGUCCGCCUCCGGUACCGCAGCGGAUCCGGCAAGAAGGCGGAGGUGCGGAAGAGCCGGAAGGGGAAGAAGACCGGGUCGGGAUCCGGUUCCGGGUCGAGCGUGUUCCUGCCGCCGGUGGCGUUGAAAGAGCCAAAGUCGGAAGGGCUGAAUGUGGAAUUCGGGUUCAGCCCGUAUUCGGAGCGGGUCAAUGGCCGGAUUGCGAUUCUGGGAUUAACGGCUCUGUUUCUGGUGGAGCUAGCGACGGGUCAGGGCGUCAUUAACUAUCACACUCCUUCCAUUAUUUUCAUUCAGGUUUAUUUCGUGGCGGCUGUUUCCGCCAUUUAUGUAAAAUACGAGAAAGAAAAGACCAGUGUAUGGCCACAGUCUGAUGAUGCAUUUUUUGAGGAUUGAAUUGAUUUCAACAAGUUCGAUA